AUGGCCAAGUCCGAUCGCUCCGAGACAUCGCCUCUCCUGGCACCGUGGGACGCUGCUCUUGUCAACGACCCGGAAGCCAAUUCGAUCGCGCAAAACGAAGCUGGACAUGGCGCACUUAAUGGCGACGUCGACGGCGUCAGGGAUCUGGGGAACCGCAUCUACGUCCUCCUGCCCGCCGUUGCCAUUGGUCUGCUGCUAUCUGCCGUGGACCAGCUCAUCACCCUUGCUUCGUACACCAAGAUGGGCAACGACCUCAACGCCCUCGACAGUGUCAGCUGGAUUGCCACCUCUUAUUUCCUCACCCUCACCAGCUGCCAGCCGCUAUAUGGCAAGCUCAGCGACAUUUUUGGUCGCAAGGAGUGCCUGUUGUUUGCCUAUGUCGUCUUCGGCCUCGGGUGUCUUGGCUGCGGACUGGCCCAGAGCAUGGUGCAGCUGUGCGUGGCGCGCGGCGUCGCGGGCAUCGGCGGCGGUGGAAUGACAGCCGUCGUCUCCAUCCUGGUCUCGGACAUUGUGCCCCUGUGUGACCGCGGCGUCUGGCAGGGCUACAUCAACGUCGUCUUUGCUACCGGUACGGCCACCGGUGCGCCAUUGGGCGGCAUCCUGGCGGAUUCUAUCGGCUGGCGGUGGUCGUUUAUCGGACAGGUGCCACUGUGCAUCGUGGCCGCCCUCAUUGUCUAUUUAGCGCUCGACCUCCCGCCGCCAUCUACCGACCACGUACUCGACAAGAUGCGACGCGUCGACUUCCUAGGCGCCCUCACGCUUGCCAGCGCUGUCUUCUCGGUCCUCUUUGGCCUCGACGCCGGCGCCCGCCGCGGCUGGACGCACCGGACCACGCUCCUCUCGCUCGGCGUCGCCACACCCGUCCUGCUCGCUGUGUUCCUGUACGUCGAGGCGCGCGUGGCCGCGCACCCGUUCGUCCCCGGUCGCAUCGUGCUGAGCCGCAGCCUGUUCGCGUGCUACAUGGCCAACUUCUUUUCCAUGGCCGCCCAGAUGGGCGCAUUCUUCUUCCUCCCGCUGUACUUGCAGGCCGUGCACGGCUUUGGUGCCGCGGCGAGCGGCGCGCUGCUGGUGCCGGGCAUGGUAGCGGGCGUGGCGGCGUCGAUUUCCGGUGGCUGGGUGAUUAAACGCACCGGCAAGUUCUAUUGGGUGACCGUGGGUGGCUUUGGGCUGCUGUUUGCUGCGUUGCCGGUGCUCGCGGCUGGGCUGUGGCGGAGGGACGUGCUCCUUGAGGAGACAGGCUACGUUCUUUGCCUCAUCGGCGCAUAUUCUAGCAUCACUACAUCCCUCGUUGCUCUACUCGCUAACGCCGCUGUCCAGGACACGGCCGUCGUCGUCGCCUGCUCCUACCUCUUCCGCUCCCUCGGAUCCAGCAUCGGCAUCAGCAUCUGCUCCGCCGUUUUGCAGCAAGUUCUCCGCGGUGAACUGGGCCGUCGACUUGUCGGUGAUGACGCGCGAGAGAUUGAGGAGCGCGUGCGUCAGAACAUCGACUACAUCCGGGAGCUGACGCCCGAAGUAGCAGAGAUGCUCGCUGAUGUCGUUGCCGAUAUCAAGAUCCUUACCGCGUCGACGCCGAACCUCCUCUCGCAGCUCGGACCAGCAUUUCAAAAAUACAACGAGGAGCAGCUGAUUACCGUCAAGCUGCCUGGAAGCAGCCAAUCUGUGCUCGUCAGCGAACACAACCGCUUGGACGACGGGCGAUACUACGACGUUGAGAGCUCCUCCAGCUUCGAAUUCGACCACACUACACAGAAAGCCAGCGCUGUGCAGAGCCACACCGUCGAGGGCACGCAGGCCGAUCUUACGAAAUCGACAUUAAAGUCUCUCGGGGCCUACAUCUUGGAGCACUUUCCCAACGCUACCUAUGGCGUGUAUCCGGUUGAGUCGGACUCCAAGGUCACCAUUAUCAUCGUGGCCAACAAAUACAGCCCCAAUAACUUUUGGAACGGCCGCUGGAGAUCCGUUUACACCUACGACCCCUCGUCCGGCUCGCUAGAAGGAACCAUUAAAGUCGACGUCCACUACUAUGAGGACGGCAACGUGCGCCUGCAGACCAACAAGCCAGUUUCCGUCUCGAUCCCGUCAGGCACGGGUGCUAGCAUCGCUAAGGAGAUUUCGUCGACAGAAAAGAAGUACCAGGAGGAACUUAACAAGGGUUUCGUGAGUCUAAGCGAAGGCGCGUUCAAGGGCCUGCGCAGACAGCUGCCGGUGACCCGGCAAAAGAUUGAAUGGGACAAGGUGACAGGCUACAGGCUCGGCCAGGAUAUCGGUGGCGGUUCGUCGAAGCGAUAG